AAAGUAUAUCCAAAUAUGUGCGAUAUGCGAGAAAAAAUACGUUAAUCGAUGAAUGUCUUUAUGCAGAUAUCACACGUAUAAAUAUGAGGUGGAAAUAACUUUUAUGCUUUCCAUGUAACAAGGGAUAUAUUGUUCCUUCGGUUACUUGCGGUAAGUGUCUAAGAGCAAAAGGGUAUGUAUAUAGUAAAAAGUUGUUUUCGGUUAUGGAGAUAAGGAACUAUUGCACAAGAGCGGUAGCAUUCAUCUUUUCUAUCUUAAUACUCGAGACUCGCCCUGAUUACGUAACGAUCGAAUCAUCAUCUUCGAUCUUAUGAUACCGAUACUAUAUUAUUAUCGUCUCUCUAAUUACCAUUUUUUAUUUGAAAUCUCGUGUUUCGAGUCUUUCGUAAUAGUUUCUUUGCGAUUGCUCGAACUUGAAGAGUAUUUUGUUGGUCGAACUCGAACGAAAAAGAAAGGGAAUUUUUGUUAUUAGCAUUCUAGUAAAACCACUAUUAACUACGAGUCGUUGUUUUAUCAAAGUUCAAAACGAAUAUGAUAGAUCACCGUUUGAAAUUAUUUGAAACAUUUUAACGAAAUCACUAUUGACACUGUGUCGUCAUUUUAUCGGGGUUCGAGGUUCGAUUAGCAUCCGACCUAUCCCUGCUCUUCGACUCUUACACUAUAAGUAUCUAACGUACGUGUCAUAGUACAUGUACAUACGUCCAGGCACAGCCAACUAAGAAACUUCUUUUUUUUCGUACCUCCGACAUCCAUUAUAGUUACGGGCGAAGAGCCAAGUACUUGAUUUGAAUAGUCCGUUGGUUUCUUAUCAGUGUGAUAUAGAUCAUAGGAACGGUAUACGAUGAUAUAUUUUACAAUAUCAUGAUCUAAUAACAUACCUUUUCGAAGGUGACUCUUUUCCUAAACCAUCUAGUCGUUACUUUGCUCGAAGUAGAGCUAACACCAGGGAAAGAGAGAGAGAGAGAGAGAGAGAGAGAGCGCUUUGACAAUGUACGCCAGUGUAUUAUUACUUUUCAUAGUGAUCAUUUUGUUGAUAAUCUUUGAAAAUGCACGACGAUGGAUCCAGAAGAAUUUUCCACCAGGGCCCUUUUCUUGGCCGUUUAUUGGAAAUCAAUCCCUUUUGAAACGAUUGGCUCGUAAGCACGGUAGUCAACACGUGGCAUUUUGGAAGCUUGCUGAAAGAUAUAAGAGCGAUGUAAUAAUGUUGAGAUUAGGUAUGCGUAACAUCAUUGUGGUUUCUGGUGUGGUAGCCGUUCACAAAUUACUGCGCAGCGAUGAUUUUGAUGGUCGUCCCUGGAACGAAUUCAUCAAGUUACGCAAUAUGGGUAUGAGGAAAGGUAUUACUAUGAACGAUGGAACGGAAUGGAAAGACGUUAGAUCGUGGGUGGUACGAGCGCUAAAGACCGUUGGAUAUGGCAAACGAGAGAUGUCGAACCUCAUCCAGGACGAACUAGCUAUAAUUCUGGAAAAUCUAAAAAAAGGUGGUAUAUAUCGAAUGAAGACGACGAUCGCGCCCGCUGUCAUAAACGUUCUUUGGACUUUUACAACGGGAAAGCGAAUCAACGAGGAUUCGAAAUUACGAUAUUUCAACGAUCUGAUGGAACGACGUGCUCGUGCCUUCGACAUGGCUGGAGGAAUGCUAUCUACUUUCCCUUGGAUUCGUUACAUCGCGCCGGAGACAUCGGGUUACAAUCUUCUCAUGAAACUCAACAACGAAUUGAAGGAUUUCCUAACGGAGACUAUAUACGAUCACAAGAAGAACUAUGUUCCUGGUAACGAGACCAAUUUAAUCGAUAUGUUCCUUCGCGAGAUGUACGAUCAGAAAGGAUCGAAAUACAUUUUCACAGGCGAGCAGUUGUUGAUGAUAUUGUUGGAUCUAUUUCUCGCCGGCUUCAAUACCACCGCUACUGCCUUGGAUUUUCUCUUUUUACACAUGGUCGUUCAUCAGGAUGUACAACGAAAAGUAAGGGAAGAGAUAGCGACGAAGAUAGGUUUGGACGAGUUCCCAAAGUUGGAAGAUAGAUCCAAGCUCCCUUAUGUAGAGGCCGUUAUGACCGAGGUUCAACGCAUGUACGUGGUAACUCCGAUAAUAGGCCCGCGACGAGUCUUUCGAGAUACGACGUUGGAAGGUUAUUCGAUACCAGAGAAUACCACUAUCCUCGUCAAUCUAUACAGCGUCAAUAUGAAUGCAGAUCUCUACCCGAAUCCGCACGAAUUUAAACCGGAACGUUUCUUGAAGGACGACGUUCAUCAACCCGAUAAGAACUUGGUGCUCUUUGGCAAAGGAAACAGACGAUGCCCCGGCGAGCAUCUGGCAAAAUCCGCACUUUUCCUACUUUUCGUUGGUAUUGUACAAAAAUACGCGCUACUUCCCGUACCAGGCCAAGGACCUUAUGCCGUCGAAGCAAUUCCAGGUCUAACGAUCGCACCGAAACCAUACGAGGCGAUGGUUGUACCGCAAUGACAAAUCCUUAUCUUAUGAUAACAUUGACUCUUUUCUUCCUUUUCUUUUUUGUUUUUUUCUGUAAAAAUAUUCACAAACUGGGUUACAUAUUUUUAUUCUAUCGAAUAGUUUCUUGUGAUCGACAAUAUUAGAUUUCGACCAAUUUUUGAAAUCUCUAUUUAUACGUAAUAACUUCAUUUAUAUUACGAAGUAAAAUAUAAAAGAAGCGGAGAAUUCUAUUCCGUGGAAGACUAUUUCUCUCUCUCUCUCUGCACGGAUCAGCUUUUUAAUCAGUAAUAAUAAUAAAAAUAAUAAAUAAUAA